AUGUUCUUGCUCUAUUUCUCUCUCUCUCUCUCUCUCUAUCUAUCUAUCUAUCUAUCUAUCUAUCUAUCUCUCUCUCUCUCUCUCUCUCACACACACACACACACACAUACAUUUCCACCGUCUCAUUCUACUUUUCAAGCUAUCGGGGAUCCGUCGCCCCCUACUAACUCACCUGACAUACGACACGUGAACUUGAGAUUGAAUGUCUCACGCGCAUCAGGUCUCUGUUACUCAUCUCUGCUUGCUCGCACUGCACAUCUCUCUCCUUUCUUAGCCUUGCAUUUUCCCCUCACCCCGUUCCCCAGUUUCUCUCUCUUUCUUUCUCGCGGAAUCAGUCGAUAUUUCCUUUACUAUUUACCCGAGUCUAUCUCUUUUGAUUCCUUCUUUCCUUCAUUCCUUUCUAAGUCCAAUAACAAAUAUUUUGUCUGUCUGUUUAUCUCUCUAUCUAUAUAUAUACUUCUGUUUAUAUCUAUCUGCAUAUGUUCAUUUCUAUCUAUCUAUCUAUCUAUCUAUCUAAGACCAAUAACAAAUAGUUUGUAUAUCUAUCUAUCUAUCUAUCUAUCUAUCUAUCUAUCUAUCUAUCUUCCUAACAUUUUUUCAACUAUUACGGCAGCCUUGGUAAGCGGAGAGCUAAUUCACUAUUCCCUGAUGAAACAUGAUUCAACCAAUCAAAUAUUCUAUCAAAUUCACCCGGCACAAUUUCUGGAGUCAGAAUUCUACACUUGA